AGGGAGGGGGAAGCCAGUGAAGGAGGGGAAAAGAAAACAAAUUGGCAGGCAAGGAAUGGUGCCUUACAUCAGUCUAACAGUCUUUCCUCCCUCUGUACAACACCCCUUUCCCUCCUCCAGACCACCAAAGCCCUAUAAAUAAUUGGAGCUCUCCCUUGCUUCCUCAGACUCCUUCCUUCCAGCAAGGAAGCCUAUUGAGUUGACAAGUGGUAGAGGAGCAAAAAAAGAGAGAGAGACCGAGGAGAAGAGGACUGAGGAAGAAGGAGAAGGAGGAGAAAGAGAACAUCAGCCAAGAUGGCCAGCGAAUUCAAGACGAAAAUGUUCUGGAGGGCAGUGGUGGCUGAGUUUUUUGCCAUGAGCCUCUUCAUCUUCAUUAGCAUCGGCUCGGCCUUGGGCUUCCAGUUUCCCGUCUCAGAAAACGGGACCUCGACACGUGUGCAAGACAACGUCAAAGUCUCCUUGGCUUUUGGGGUGUCCAUUGCCACCAUGGCCCAGAGUGUGGGCCACAUCAGCGGGGCCCAUUUGAACCCGGCGGUCACCCUGGGCCUUUUGCUCAGCUGUCAGAUCAGCAUCUUACGAGCCGUCAUGUACAUGAUUGCCCAGUGCCUGGGUGCCGUGGUUGCCACUGCCAUUCUUUCGGGCAUCACUUCUUCUUUGCCAGGCAACACCCUCGGGCUCAAUGCGCUGGCAGAUGGAAUCAAUUCAGGACAAGGCCUUGGCAUUGAGAUCAUUGCCACCUUGCAGCUGGUUCUCUGUGUUCUGGCCACAACAGACAGAAGGCGGACUGAUGUCUCUGGAUCAGCCCCGCUGGCCAUCGGACUUUCGGUAGCCCUGGGACACCUUCUUGCGAUUGACUACACCGGUUGUGGAAUUAACCCUGCCAGAUCUUUCGGGUCAGCAGUGAUUGUCGGCAAUUUUACGAACCACUGGAUCUUCUGGGUUGGCCCAUUCCUUGGAGGGGCCAGUGCUGCUCUCAUCUAUGACUGGAUCCUAGCUCCAAGGAGCAGCGACGUAACCGACCGGAUGAAAGUCUGGACCAGCGGCCAGGUAGAAGAAUACGACCUUGAUGCAGAUGACUCCCGAGUGGAGAUGAAACCAAAAUAAACGAGAAUCAAGACAGGAAGAAAAUGAAAAAUCCAAUUUCUGAAGUUCUAAAAAAAAAAUCAGUAUUAUAGACUCUUUGUAACCAACAAGCAGUUCUUCCAAAUGUUUUUACAAGUCAUUAGGGUUUUCCUUCUGCAUUUCUUUCUCUUGUUCUUUCUAGACUUUUAGAUCUGUGGUUGCCCAAUGGGGAAAAAAGGGGUGUGAGAAAAUGACCAUAUUUUAUUUCAGGGAAUGUGAGCUGGAGAUCUGCAGGAAUGAUUCGGGCAGCUCAAAUUUCAAUGUCUUUAUUCAAAGGGCCUGUCUUCUCAAAACAUAGAUGGACACAGAAGAAAAAUGCCCGUCUGAGCAGCCCACUUGGAAUCAGAAAUGAAUACUGAGCAGUGGAGAAAACUGUCUUGAUUUCUACAGUCUUUUUCUACAGUCUGACAUUUCUACUGUCUUUUUUAUUUCUAGAAUUUGUAUAAGACUGUAGAAAUGUCAGUUCUUACAUAACCUUGUAAAGAACAUGGAUGACCAACUUCUCCAUUCUCAGUGGUUGACAGAUUCUGGAAUAAAAUGGGUGUCCAUUACUGUAAGGGAGCAUAUAAGUCCUGGCAUGGCCUGGCUUUCAGAUAUAGGCAUAUAACAUUUAUAUUACAUGCAAAAGAAAGAGGGGAAAAAAGGAAAUGCCACAUUAAAAUAGAGAAUAUAAUUCUAUUACAUUCAUAUUACACACAAAAGAAAAAAAGGAGGUGUCACAUUAAAACAGAGAAUGCAUUUGUUUCUUACAUCUUGAAAGAACCCCCCCCCCCCCUUCUCUUCCCCUUUUUAUGGAAAAGUCUGGGCAAUUUUUGGGUUUUUUUUAAAUUGCAGUUUUGAAGAGAGAAAUUGAUCCAGAUUGGUUUUUUUCCUCCCAGUUUGCUUUGAACUGAAUAUAAAGUCAUAAAUCCUGUGGAUGAAUUUUGAGCCUCAUUCUGGCACACAGGUCAUUUAAGCUCUACAGAAUCACAUUUUGUUGCAGAACGCACUCAAAUUAGGAUCCAUGGCAUUAUCACCAGAGCAGUUGUAAACAGUGGCUGGAAUCCUCUAUCAUGGUUGCUGUUACAUAACUUUACAUAUACUUAGCCAUAUAGCAGAAGCACUAAAAUGGUUGUUUGUCGAUUGUGAAGGUGUAUAAUGGAACAUCAGCACUCCCCAGCUGAUGUUCUAACGCAAAAUGGGACUGAUGUACAUCCCAAGGCACAUUGGUCACUUUGCUGGCUCUUCUAUGUAGUAACAUCACAGCAGCCAUGGACUGGAUACGAAUGUUACAGAACUGCAUCCCUGCAGAUGUAAAUAUACUUACAAAGGCAUGUGUUCCCAGCAGGAUUCUGGCCGAUGUCUCCAAGUUUAGCCACCUGUUUAUUUUUCAACAGACACACAAUGGCUGGGACAAAAAUGGUCCCAGCAUAAUUACUUUAUUUGUGUUACAUCUUUGUUGUUGUUGUUGUUGUUGGAAAACAAGGAGGUUUGACAUUUACUCAGA